AUGACAUUUUCUUUAUCUCUUCUUUCCUGCUGUGCAUCUCUUUUCUGCCUCCCCCCCGUGGCAUGUCUCUUUUCUGCCCCCCCCGUGGCAUGUCUCUUUCUGACCCCCCCUGUGGCAUGUCUCUUUCUGUCCCCCCCCGUGGCAUGUCUCUUUCUGACUCCCCCCCUGGCAUGUCUCUUUCUGCCUCCCCCCUGCCGUGGCAUGUCUCUUUCUGCCUCCCCCCCCGUGGCAUGUCUCUUUCUGCCCCCUGGCAUGUCUCCCCCCGCCGUGGCAUGUCUCUUUCUGCCUCCCCCCCCGCCGUGGCAUGUCUCUUUCUGCCCCCCCCGCCGUGGCAUGUCUCUUUCUGCCCCCCCGCCGCGGCAUGUCUCUUUCUGCUCUCCCCCCCGCCGUGGCAUGUCUCUUUCUGCCCCCCCCUGCCGUGGCAUGUCUCUUUCUACCUUCCCCUAUUGCGCUGUCACUCACUGUGCACCACCAGUGUCGUCUCUCUUUUUACUCACCCCCUCCCUUUGUCGUCUCUCUCUCUCUACCUCUGCUGUCUCUCUCUCUCUACCUCCACCCUCUCGCCAUCUCUCUUUCUACCAUUCUGACCCCAACGUAUGCUGUCCACCUUUAUACCUUUCCCCCAAUACUAUCUUUACAUUUUGCUUAUUAUAUACCGAAUCAUUUUCUUCCCAUAAAAAUGAAAUAUUGAAGUAG